AUGAUAAGGUUUUGUCAAUGUCCGAAUGCUUGCACACCUGACAAGCAAUUAUUUGAGAUGGGCAUGUUUCCGGCAUCCUUCACCCGACCCAAGACCGCGUUUACCUUUCUGGUGCUGGAUGGUUUUGCAUUGGACAACUUGGAAUGCGGAACUUCGGCAAUGAAUUACUACAACAAGUUGAGAAGAAUGACGUCAAGUAUAUUUCCGCAUCUAGUCCUGGAUCGUUACAGAGAAUUAAUGAGGGUAGCACGGCAAUGGCGACAGCUGAAGCUGCUUAAAUGGAAUGGGUUUGCUUAUGAGAGCAGACGGCCGACAUCUGGGGAACUCGCCCUCUUUUGCCCAGCUUGCCCGCAGCCCAGCAUUAACGCACCACUGCUGGCUGAUAGGAAUCCCCAUGAUCCCAGUUGGCUAUAUGCCCGAUCCCUGGUCAUGGACGGCAACUUCAAAGCAGAGCACCUUCAUCCCACUCAUCCGGAAGAUGAAGUCUGGUUGACAGAUGGACAAUGCUUCAUGGUUUCCAAAGACCAAUACAAGGCUCAUCUAGCCGUUGCGAACGACGUUGUUCAACCUUCCGAGUGCAAUAACCACCGAGCUGUCAACCAGGCCAAUGCCCAAGCUUUCACAUUUUAUGACAUUAAUUGUCAGUAUAACAAACACUUCCGGUGUCGGGUGAAUGAGAGCCUUCAUUUGAGCAUCCCUUCUGGAAUGGAAAUCAUACCGGGCAUUGGCCUCUGGCAUGUUCAUGGACACCAAGACAAAUGCUAUGUUUGGUAUGCAUCAACAUUUAUUACUGGCGCCGCUAGGAUCGAUGAGUGUCUCGAUUACCAGAUGAAUGACUCCAAUUUUAUGAAGAUGAUUCGCAUGAGUUGA